CUAGUGACUGUUGUGCGUCUGGUGCGGCUGUCGGUCGGAUAGGAGCCGAGGGUCCACGGAGACAUGGGCGCAGUGUGAUUGUUUCUUCUUUUAUGUAAAAAAAGUGGUCGCGGACUUCAGUUUAUAACACCAGUGUUGUCUCUGCAGGACUUCUUGUGCGGGUUCUAUCAUGUGUGGCUGAGAGUGUGUUUCCAUAAACGAGCAUGCUUUUAUCAUUGUCUUUGUCUGAUAUGAGACGGGAUUAAGAUCUCCGGCAGCGGACCAAACAGCCCGCUUUAGUAAAGGGAGGCUAAUUUAGGCUGGAGCCGAACUUUUUCUCGGGGCAAGGAUGUCUUCGGAUCGGAUGGAUUACAUUGCGCCCUGGUGGACUUACUGGCUCCACAAUUUUCCUCAUAUCAACCUAAGGUUUCAUCCCAUUGACAACAGCUUCCAGCCCGAGGAAGAGAACUACCAGCAGUCUCUCAUAUUCCUGGGCUGUGUGGCAGCUGCGGGGCUCGGCCUCAACCUGCUGUGUCUGGCCAUCUACCUGAGCUGUUUGUGCUGCUGCCACAAAGACGAAGAGGAGGAGAGCAAGAAGCCCAACUCCUGCUGCGUCACCUGGUCUGCUGUGACCGCCGGCCUCAUCACAUGCAUUGCAGUGGGUGUGGGUUUCUAUGGCAACAGUGAGACCAAUGACGGUGUGUACCAGUUGACCUACUCCCUGUACAACGUCAAUCACACGCUGGGUGGCGUGGACAGUCUGGUGACUGGCACCAUGGGCAGCAUGAAGAGUGGCCUACACCAGCACCUCGCCAGGCUGGACGAGAUCUUUGCCACUCGGGGCGACUAUGUGCAGACCCUGCAGUUCAUGCAGCAGAUGGCUGACAACGUGAUCAAACAGAUGCUGGGCCUGCCUGACUGGGAGGAGGCUAAAGUGGACCUGACAUCUAUCGCUGAUCAAACAGCAAACAUAGAGUAUUACAGGUGGCUCACCUACCUGCUGAUCCUCAUCCUGGACCUGAUCAUCUGCCUACUGGCCUGUCUGGGGCUGGCCAAGCAGUCUCGCUGGCUGCUUACAACGAUGAUGGUGUUUGGAGUGCUGACGCUGGUCCUGAGCUGGACUUCUCUGGGAGCUGACCUGGCCACUGCUGUGGGCACAAGUGAUUUCUGCGUCUCCCCUGACAAGUACCUCAUGAGCCAGACAAAGGGUAUCAUCGGUGCUGAUAUUGUUCAUUACUAUCUUUACUGCAACCAGACUCUCUCCAACCCUUUCCAGCAGCCUCUGACCAUCUUCCAGAGGUCCCUGACCACCAUGCAGAUCCAGAUCCAGGGUCUGCUGCAGUUUGCUGUGCCUCUGUUUCCCACAGCUGAGAGAGACCUACUGGGUAUCCAGCAUUUGCUUAACUCUUCGGAGGCCAGUCUGCACCAGCUGACUGCCCUGUUGGACUGCAGGGGGCUCAACAAGGACUACCUAGAUGCAAUGGUGGGGGUGUGCUAUGAUGGGGUGGAGGGUGUACUCUACCUCUGCCUUUUCUCCUCCCUGGCAGCCUGUGCCUUUACUGUCAUGCUGUGUGCCAUUCCCAGGGCAUGGAGACAAAUUGCCUGCAGAGAACGAGAUUACGACGACAUCGAUGAGGAGGAUCCAUUCAACCCGAGAACGAGGCGGAUAGCCUCUCAGAACCCCAACCUCACCAACAUGCACAGCUUCUGCAGCUACAGCAGCAGCAUGGGCAGCCAGAACAGCUUACAUCCGCCCGCCCCAGCUGUCUCCAACGCCCCUGUGCCUGAGUACAUGAACCAGACAGCUCUGUUCGGGGGAAAUCCGCGGUACGAGAACGUGCCUUUGAUAGGACGAGGCUCGCCACCCCCCUCGUACUCCCCCAGUAUGCGGGCCACCUAUCUGUCCAUGACCGAGGAGCAGAUUAGACACUUUGGGAACGACUUCCAAGCAUAGUCUUCUUUAUCUGAUCGAGGAGGGAUACGACACCACACACACACGCUCAACAGACAAAAGAGUGUGUGGCUACUCCAAUCAUCAUAGAGAACAAAGUGGAACAUCUGGCUGUGCAGUCUCAGGACAAUGGAACCAUAUCGGUACUGUUCUCUGUGCUCAUAAAUAAUUAAUCACACUUGUCUGCACCGAGACAUUUUUCCGGGGAACUUGCAAAAUAUUUAUGACACAUGCUGUCGAAUUCAACCUGCUCUUAAUAUGAUGUGUUGGUCAUGCUGUGUCAUCUAUUGGAGACACAUUUAGGGAAGAUUUGAUUGUCUUUAUUCACCUGAGUUUGACAAACAUUACUUUGUUAAAACAGCUGAUAGAAGAUGUUUUGAGGAUGAAUUUCUCACUGCAGUAAGACAUAGCAACGUGGUCACUAUAAAGUAAAAAACCCAGACAAUUUAGUAUGAUUUGUCUCUCCUGUUUCAAAGUAUUUUUUUACAUUACAAAACUUACAUUCAUGUCUCUAAAGAGAAGCAUGACAGCUGAUCUAAACAUAUUAUUUUCUAUGUAUUAUGCUUCAUGCUUGAUAUUUGUGAAGCACAAACCCGGCACUGGCCACACACAGCGGGAGGUAUUGUUGAAGUUUAAUUUAUUUACAAUCACACACUGACACUCCUGCAAGUGAAUCUUAAAUCUCCUGGAGACGAGACUACCUUGAGACCACGGCUUCUGUAAAUAGGUUUUACAAUAACAGACAGUCUUAUUUGGAUGUGGUUUGUUUUGAUUUAGUUUAAACAAUGUGCCAAUUUUUAUAUAUUUUUUUCUAGUUUUGUGUGGCGACGUCACAUAGAAUCUUUUUUUUGUUGUAUUUUCUAAAGGGCCGGUCAUUCAUGUUCUCUAAAUAUCUAAUACAAUAAAAAAAGUUGCAGUUUCUGUCUUUGGAAGCUGUGCUGCUCUAACCGUGAAUAAUGGGAAUAAGGUAAAUAUUUACAUAAAUCCAACCAGUACAUGUUUGUAUUGACUAACAACAAUGUUCUGUAGGGAUUUAAUACAUGCAGUUUUUUAAUUAAUUAUUUUAGUAAGUGUAAUUUCUUUAAGCAUGUUACAUUGUACAGGCACCGAGAAUGGUGCUUAAUUUUGUGUGUGACCCCAUACUACGGGGUCUAAUUGUGAGUUAAAUAAAUCCAUUUUGAAUACAA